AUGUGGUUGCCAAAACUUGAGUUCAUUGGUAGAGAUUGUUCACUGUCUGAGUGCGAGAAUAUAAGGUAUUUUCUUGAAAGAAAUCUAGCUAUCGAAAGCUUCCGUCUCAACUUAGCUCAUUCACCUUUUAAACCAGAAGAUGUCAAAUUGUGGGUUUUAGUUGCAAUUUCUCACUACCUACGUGAGCUGGAUAUUUUAUAUCAUGCUUAUCCGGACAAGCCAAACAUUUUGCCUAGAAGCUUGUAUACCUCCAAAUCGCUAGUGACUUUGAAUCUUGAAGGCAAGAUUCUCUUGGAUGUUCCUCGUAUGGUUUCUAUGUCCUCUCUAACAACUCUGCAACUUCGAGAAGUGAUAUACUUUGACGGAGAAUCUCUUGGACGGCUUCUAUCUAUUUGUCCUAUUCUUAAAGAUCUAUUGUUGGACUUUAGUGACACUCACAAUAUGGGAAUGAUCACCGUUAUUGUCCCGUAUUUGCAGAGUUUAUCUAUCUAUAUACCUUAUGAUGGUUUAAUCGAUGGGUUAAAGGUAGAUACUCCUUCUUUGAAGUAUUUCAAAAUUGAGAAUUAUAAUGAUGAGAAUCAUUCUUGUUUAAUUGAGGAUAUGCCUAAGUUGGAAGAGGCAUAUGUAGAUGUCUUCUUACCUGAUCUCGAGAGUCUUAUCGGAUCAAUAUUAUCUAUCAAGCGUCUUACGAUAGCUUCAGAGGCUGUGUACGUUGGCGGUUUUGUCUUCAACGAUCUCGAACAUUUGAAGCUAUGUGUGGGAUCAGACUAUGCGGCUAAUCUCCUUGUCCGGUUGCUCGAAGGUUCUCCCAACUUGCGA